CUUCCGGCUCUCUGUUCCUAUGGCUGGUUUCCUAAGACACCCUGCCCUCCUGUCUCAAGCCUCUUCCCGGUUCGGCUGCCCCUUCCGAAAUAGGCUCCCCUAGAGCGGGUUGCCUUCAAGACGCUGAUCAAGGGCCACUGCUUGCCAAGAAGGCUUCGUGGAAAUCCACACCCUUCCAACCUGGGUCAGCUCUUCUUCUGGUGGCUCAGGCGCCCUGAUGCCCACAUCUGACCUUCCAAUCAUGAUGGGAACCAGGAUAGGCCUCCUCCUGGUGCUGGCGCUAGCUUCCUCUCUCUGCUUCAACUUGGACACAGACCAGCCGACAAUCUUCCGUGUGGACAGUGCUGGGUUUGGACACAGCGUGGUCCAGUAUGCCAACUGGCUGGUGGUUGGAGCCCCCCAGGAGGUAAGGGCUGCCAACCAAACAGGUGGUCUCUACCGGUGUGACUAUAGUACGAGCCUGUGUGAGGCCAUCCACCUGCAGGUACCCCCAGAGGCUGUGAACAUGUCCCUGGGCCUGUCCAUGGCGGCCACCACCAAGCCCUUUCAGCUGCUGGCCUGCGGCCCCACCGUGCAGCAUGCAUGCCAGGAGAACAUGCACCUGACCGGGUUCUGCUUCCUGCUCGUCUCCCAGUCUCAGCAGGCCCAGAGGAUCCCAGCUGCCCUGCAGGAGUGCCCAAGGCAGGAGCAGGACAUCGCCUUCCUGAUCGACGGCUCAGGCAGCAUCGAUAACGAAGAUUUUACCAAAAUGCUAAACUUCGUGAGGGCUGUGAUUUCGCAGUUCCAGACUUCCAACGCCCAGUUCGCCCUGGUGCAGUUCUCCAGCAAGUUCAAGGAGCACUUCACUUUCAGAGACUUUGCAGCCAGCUCAAACCCCCUAAGACUACUGAGUUCUGUACAGCAGCUACAAGGGUACACGCACACGGCCUCAGCCAUCAGGAAGGUCACAAGGGAACUGUUCAUUGCUGCAAAGGGAGCCCGAAAAGAUGCCUCCAAAAUCCUCAUCGUUAUCACGGACGGGCAGAAAAUAGGCGACCCCUUGGGUUACAAGGAUGUCAUCCCCGAGGCUGAGGCCGCUGGCAUCAUCCGCUAUGCAAUUGGGGUGGGAUCCGCUUUUCGACAGCCAAAAUCCUUGGAAGAAUUAAAGGACAUUGCAUCGAAGCCCUCGCAUAUAUUUAAAGUGGACAACUUUGAUGCUUUGAGAGAUGUUCAAAACCAACUGAAAGAGAAGAUCUUUGCCAUUGAGGGGACUCAGACGAUCAGCAGUAGCUCCUUCGAGUUGGAGAUGUCCCAGGAGGGCUUCAGUGCUGUGUUCAUGCCUGACGGACCGGUUCUGGGGGCUGUGGGGAGCUUCAGCUGGUCCGGAGGUGCCUUCCUGUACCCCGCACAUAGGAGACCCGCCUUCAUCAACAUGUCUCAGGAGGACGUGGACAUGAGGGACUCGUACCUGGGUUACUCGGCGGAGCUGGUCAUCUGGAAAGGGGUACAGAGCCUGGUCCUGGGGGCCCCGCGCCAUCAGCACACCGGGAAGGCGGUCAUCUUCACCCAGGUGUCCAGACAGUGGAAGCCGAAGGCUGCAGUCGCAGGGACCCAGGUCGGCUCCUACUUUGGGGCCUCCCUCUGCUCCGUGGACGUGAACAGAGAUGGCAGCUCCGACCUGGUCCUCAUCGGGGCCCCCCAUUACUACGAGCAGACCCGGGGGGGCCAGGUGUCCGUGUGUCCCUUGCCCCAGGGGAGGGCUAAGUGGCAGUGCCGGGUCGUUCUCCGCGGGGAGCAAGGCCACCCCUGGAGCCGCUUUGGGGCAGCCCUGACAGCGCUGGGGGAUGUGAAUGGGGACAGGCUGACGGACGUGGCCAUCGGGGCCCCGGGGGAGCAGGACAACCGGGGUGCUGUCUACCUGUUUCACGGAACCUCGGAGCUGGGCAUCAGCCCCUCCCACAGCCAGCGGGUCGCAGGCUCCCAGCUCUCCCCCAGGCUCCAGUAUUUCGGCCGUUCGCUGAGUGGGGGCCAGGACCUCACCAUGGAUGGACUGGUGGACUUGGCCGUGGGGGCGCAGGGGCAUGCACUGCUGCUCAGGAGCAGACCCGUGCUCAGGGUUUGGGCAAACAUCCGCAUCCUACCCAAAGAGAUCGCCAGGUCGCUGUUUGAGUGUCCGUGGCACACGAGCUCCGUCCAGGAUCUGGGGAACGCCACUGUCUGCCUCCAGAUUUAUGAAAGUCCUAAGACCCGUCUGGGUGACCUCCAGAGCUCUGUGACCCUUGACCUGACCCUCGACCCUGGCCGCCUGAGUCCUCGUGCCGUCUUCAAGGAGACAAAAACUCGGAAUCUGACUCGUGUUCAAGUCCUGGGGCUGUCAGAGCACUGCGAGACUGUGAGGUUGCUCCUUCCGGCCUGCGUGGAGGACUCAAUGGCCCCUGUCGUCCUGCGUCUCAACUACUCCCUGGUGGGCAAGCCCAUCCCUGGCUUCGGAAAGCUCCAGCCCAUGCUGGCAGUGGACGCUGAGAGAUACUUCACGGCCUUGCUCCCCUUCGAGAAGAACUGUGGCGCUGACCACGUCUGCCAGGACGACCUGAGCAUCACCUUUGGGGUCUCGGGCUUGAAGACCCUGGUGGUGGGGAGUAACCUUGAGCUGAACUUGGAAGUGACAGUGCGGAAUGAUGGCGAGGACUCCUAUGGAACCACAAUCACCUUCUUCUACCCGCCAGGGUUGUCUUACCGACGUGUGACAGAGGCCCAGAACCAGCGGCAGCCACGCUCCCUGCUCGUGAACUGUGACAGCACCCCCACCCAGAGCCAGGGCCCCCGAAGCACUCGCUGUGGCCUCAACCACUUCAUCUUCCGGGAGGGCGCCCAGGUCACCUUCGUGGUCACCUUUGAUGUCAACCCCAAGGCCCAGCUGGGAGACCGGCUGCUCCUGACGGCCAACGUGAGCAGUGAGAACAACACCCCCAGGACGAGCAAGACCACCUCCCGGCUGGAGCUCCCGGUGAAGUAUGCCGUCUACACCGUGAUCAGCAGCCACGAACAAUCCACCAAGUAUCUCAACUUCUCGGCCUCAGAGGAGGGGCGCAGGAGCCAGGCCCAGCACAGAUACCAGGUGAACAACCUGGGACAGAGGGACCUGCCUGUCAUCAUCGCCUUCUCAGUGCCCGUGGAGCUGAACCGGGUGGCCGUGUGGACAGACGUGGAGAUCUUCCACCCCCAGAACCUGUCCGUUCAGUGCUCUUCAGAGAGGACCUCAGCCACGGAGUCCGACGUCCUGACCCACUUUAAGAAGAAUCCUGUGCUGAACUGCUCCAUGGCCGACUGCCUGAGGUUCCGCUGUGACGUCCCCUCCUUCGGCGUCCAGGAGGAACUUGACUUCAGCCUGCGGGGCAACCUCAGCUUUGACUGGAUCAGCCAGACGGCGCAGAAGAAGGUGCUGGUCGUCAGCGUGGCCGAGAUCGCCUUUGACAGAUCCGUGUAUUCCCAGCUUCCAGGACAGGAGGCGUUCUUGAGAGCCCAGAUGGAGAUGGUGCUGGAAGAGUAUGAGGUCUAUAACCCCGUCCCCCUGAUCGUGGGCAGCUCCGUGGGAGGACUGCUGCUGCUGGUUCUCAUCACAGCCCUGCUGUACAAGGUUGGCUUCUUCAAACGUCAGUACAAGGAAAUGAUGGAAGGAGCAAAUGGACAGACCGUCCCACCAAGUGGGACAGGAGACCCCCAAGUGGCCCAAUAAGAAUCUCCCUCCUGUUUGCCUUUGCACCUACAUUCCUGGCCUCUUACUCUCCCCCAAGUCAAGCCUGAUGGGGAGCAGGCGCUCCACCCGGAGGGAGGCCACCAUCAGGCUGCCUUCUCUCUUGGGAGGAUGCGGUGUGUUUGCACGAAGCACCUUGCCUAGGAAGGGCCAUUGGUCUCAUCAAGGCUCCAACUGGAAACUCCAGGACAGGCGCCCAGCUGUGGCCCCCCCCACCCCACCCCCCAGGACUUAACUUGGAAUUUCCACCUAGAAGGACAUGCGCCAUAGCCUCAGGCACUAGUCUCUCCUCCUCCACCAGCCACCCGUGGUCUUUGCGCAGCACAGGACUGAACAAGGGCCUCAUCCUCAGCCAUCUUCAGCGGCUCCCCCAUUCCUCGCAGGGUAACUUCUGCCCCCCUCUAGCUUGAUUUUAGGAAUGCAAUGCCAUUUCCAGAGGCUGGCUCUGGACACACAGCACGAGAUGGGCUGGGCCGCUCUGUCACCCCCAUUUCUGGUAGAAUACUAUGGCUCCUAGGUUGGCCCUCUGCAUCUGGGCUCCUGUUGCACACACGGGUGUGGGGAUGAAACGCCUGCACAUUGGAACUUGUACAUUUGGCUUCUAAUAUGGUCAAUAUUGCUGGCUGGGAGGUAAGAGUGGCCUCCCCCUCGCCCCCGCCACGCCAAAAGGGGCGCUAUCCUGAUGCCCCUUUGCCCAGCCAGCUCCAGGGUCUCUCGCAGACCACUUUCAAUUUUGAGGCGUCAAAUACAGUAAAUGAGAAAUGCCAGAACAUGCUGAUAAUUCUGUAUUUUAAAUGUUUGCAUCAACAAAUGAAUAACUGUACACACACACAACACAUGCAUGCACAUUUACUGGUGAUUCAUCAAAAGUCUAACAUGAAGGCCUUGGAGUUCCCUGGUGGCUCAGCAGGUUAAGGACCUGGUGUUGUCUGUCACUGCUGUGGCACGGGUUCCAUCCCUGACCCAGGAACUUCCGUGUAUCAUGGGUGGGGAAAAAAAAUUAAGGCCUUUUGUGGAGAUGAGUCUUGGACAAUAACAUUCAGGUAACAGUGCUAUUUUGACACACAAUUUUCCUUUGUACACUAUUGCUUACCUUCAUCAUACUUGCAUUUUUCAUGAAUGCUAUCAUGUUCUAUUUUUUAAAUUAAAGCAUUGUAUUAUAUCAUGUUGCGUAUGUCCCCAAAUCACAAAAAUGGAUCAACGCACAAAAAUUAAUUUUUGUGAUUAAACAUAAAUGUUGUGAAUAAAAAAUUAAAACCUAAUUGGGGCAGCUUAGCCGAAGGUCAUCAAAAUUAAUACUGAAUGAAAUUCCAGUGCGCAUUUUCUAUAGAAAUAUCUGAAUGCUGAGAUGAGUGACUGUGAGCCAAGAAAUUAAACUGUAUCUAUAAUUCAAAUGUA